CAGACAUACAGACACGUAGCAGGAGCCUACAGUGCCACAACCUAUUCAAACAAAACGGAUAAAGGGAAAAAGCUGACAGACAUCAUGUAUCCAGAAAUGAACAUGGCAAGAGAUCACGAUUUGUUAAUGAGCUGUAUGGACGAGCUGGUUGAGCGAGUGAAUGAAACCCGGCGGAUAUGUAAAGCUUUGCUUAACCGGGGUCUGCUGAAUGAGGACAAAUACAGGACCAUUGUAGCAUCUCCAAAGCCUCAGGAUAGAAUGAAACAGCUCUUGCAUGCUCUGUCUAGCAAAGGACAACAGGGAAGAGAAGCCCUUUACAGAUUACUACAGGAACAUGAGCCUGAGCUUACUCUGCAAAUGGAGCAUGCUGUUUAUGUGCAUACGGUUAGGCACAGGCUCAUUCAGUCAGUGAGGCAGGUGGAGCCAGUGGGCAACCGAAUGCUCAAUCAGGGCCUGAUCACAGAAGAAGAGUACUUCCAUGUGUGUGAAGAGGAAGGAAGUGAGGCGAGGAUGCAUGCCAUGUUCAGAGUUUUGGAGCAGCAUGGGAUGAAACAGAGCGAUGGUUUCUACAAUGCACUGUUCUACUGUGAGCCUUUACUCUACCGUGAGCUAGAAAAAAACAGAGUGCUUCAGAGUUGUAAACUAGAUAACGGAAGCAACCAAUCAAUGCACCUUAUUUAUGAGGACAAUCUAGAAGAGAGGUUGAGAGAAGUGGAACGCAAAGAAAAGCAAGUGGAAAACGAGAAGCAGGAGCUGAGGAGAAAGUGGGACCUGUUAGAACAACGGCAAGCAGAGAUGGAUGAGGAGAGGAAACAGGUCUUUGAAAUGAAACAGGAACUUGAACAACUCCAGAGAAAGUGGGAUGAGACAAAGGAGAAUAGGAAUUCUUCCUUUCUCACUGGAAGAGAAGAGCAGAGAAUCGCAGGACAAUGGGAAGAAAUGAAUAAUAAUGGGUUCACCAUGCCAGUAAACGUAAACAACGAAUUGUCAAAUUAAUCAACACAAAGUCAUGCAAGUUACAUAGCUAUGUGAUAUCAUGUGGUAGCUCAGUGGUUAAGGUGUUGGGGUACUGAUCGGAAGGUCAUUGGUUCGAACCCUUGGUCCACCAAGCUGACACUGCUGGGUCCCUGAGUAAGGCCCUUAACCCUCAUUUGCUCAGUUGUAAGUCACUCUGGAUAAGGGUGUCUGCUAAAUGCCGUAAAUGUAAAUGUAGAUAUCAUAAGCCCAUUCAGACUGGCAAUAUAAAAUUAUAUAUUUGCAAGUAUGAAAAUACUUUUUCAUGCUUCUGUUAUAUAAACACUGUUCUGUUUAUCUUUAUUGAAGAGAUUGCAGCUUAAAAUGCUAUUAUUUUAAAUAAUUUAUCUCUUCACAUAGAAAAUAAUUCAUGCAAAUAUGAUGAAACAUUGUAUUGUAAAUUUCACCUGAAAAAUCUA